CACCGCCCCAACGAAAUGCGGAGGUCGUCUCCUCCAUCCCCUCCCCCUUAUCAUCGCCCACGUACACACCCAUUUCCUCGCAACUGGGCUCCCCCGCCUCCACGACACUGCCUCCGCCUCCGCCUCCGCCUCGCCAAGUCCGCCGCCUGGACUAAAUUGCCCGCACGCCCCUUAGCCCACCGCCUGGACUCGUCUCGCCCGCGGCCGAUUUCCUGCAUCCGCUCGCCGCGGCCGCAAUCCAGAGGCCGGAGGAGACUGCGCUCAGUCGAGCACUACCUGGGGCCCAGCAUCCUCGCGACCAUCUCCGGCACGGCGUCCGCCCUCUGCAGCCCCGGUGUCCCUGCGACCGUCGCUGCUGCCACUGGCCACUUUGCCCGGCGACGAGCACCACCAGAACACUAGUAGUCUGCCUGUGCUUAUUGGUUGAAGCGGAGCUGACCACACUUCAUCAACAGUUGCUUCAACAUGGACACUGGCUGCCUCUCAUCUAUGAACAUUACUGGAGCUAGCCAAGCAAGACCUUUUGCGGGACAACUUCCUCAGAGAUGUUUUGCGACUACUCACCAUUCGAGCUUUUCCGUGAGAAAUCUUAUCUUAAGGAAUAAAGGAAGGAGAUCACACCGUAGACAUGCUGCCUUGCAGGUUGUCUGCAAGGAUUUUCCAAGACCUCCACUAGAAAGCACAAUAAACUAUUUGGAAGCUGGGCAGCUCUCUUCGUUUUUUAGAAACAGCGAACGCCCCAGUAAACCGUUGCAGGUCGUGAUUGCUGGUGCAGGAUUGGCUGGUCUAUCAACGGCGAAGUAUCUGGCAGAUGCUGGCCAUAAACCCAUAUUGCUUGAGGCAAGAGAUGUUUUGGGCGGAAAGGUAGCUGCUUGGAAGGAUGAAGAUGGGGAUUGGUACGAGACUGGGCUUCAUAUCUUUUUUGGAGCUUAUCCCAACAUACAGAAUCUGUUUGGUGAGCUUGGAAUUGAGGAUCGUUUGCAGUGGAAAGAACACUCCAUGAUAUUUGCCAUGCCAAACAAGCCAGGAGAAUUCAGCCGGUUUGAUUUCCCAGAAACUUUGCCAGCACCUGUAAACGGAAUAUGGGCCAUACUGAGAAACAAUGAAAUGCUUACCUGGCCAGAGAAGGUGAAGUUUGCAAUUGGACUUCUGCCAGCAAUGGUGGGUGGUCAACCUUAUGUUGAAGCUCAAGAUGGCUUAACCGUUUCAGAAUGGAUGAAAAAGCAGGGUGUUCCUGAUCGGGUGAACGAUGAGGUUUUUAUUGCAAUGUCCAAGGCACUCAAUUUCAUAAAUCCUGAUGAGUUAUCCAUGCAGUGCAUUUUGAUUGCUUUGAACAGAUUUCUUCAGGAGAAGCAUGGUUCCAAAAUGGCAUUCUUGGAUGGUAAUCCACCUGAAAGGCUAUGCAUGCCUAUUGUUGAUCACAUUCGGUCUAGGGGUGGAGAGGUCCGCUUGAAUUCUCGUAUUAAGAAGAUAGAGCUGAAUCCUGAUGGAACUGUAAAACACUUCGCACUUAGCGAUGGAACUCAAAUAACUGGAGAUGCUUAUGUUUGUGCAGCACCAGUUGAUAUCUUCAAGCUUCUUGUACCUCAAGAGUGGAGUGAAAUUACUUACUUCAAGAAGCUGGAGAAGUUGGUGGGAGUUCCUGUUAUCAAUGUUCAUAUAUGGUUUGACAGAAAGCUGAAAAACACAUAUGACCAUCUUCUUUUCAGCAGGAGUUCACUUUUAAGUGUCUAUGCAGACAUGUCAGUAACCUGCAAGGAAUACUAUGAUCCAAACCGUUCAAUGCUGGAGUUGGUCUUUGCUCCUGCAGAUGAAUGGAUUGGUCGAAGUGACACUGAAAUCAUUGAUGCAACUAUGGAAGAGCUAGCCAAGUUAUUUCCUGAUGAAAUUGCUGCCGACCAGAGUAAAGCAAAGAUUCUUAAGUAUCAUAUUGUGAAGACACCGAGAUCGGUUUACAAAACUGUUCCAAACUGUGAACCUUGCCGACCUCUCCAAAGGUCACCGAUUGAGGGUUUCUAUCUGGCUGGUGAUUACACAAAGCAGAAAUACUUGGCUUCCAUGGAAGGUGCAGUUUUAUCCGGGAAGCUUUGCGCCCAGUCUAUAGUGCAGGAUUAUAGCAGGCUUGCUCUCAGGAGCCAGAAAAGCCUACAAUCCGAAGAAGUUCCCGUCCCAUCUUAGUUUUAGUUAGUUUAGCUAUCGUCAUCCCCACUGGGUGCCAUCUUAUCGCCUAUUUCAUGGGAACCCACCAAAUGGUCAUGUUGGCGACACCUGUUAUGGUCCUUUGACAAUUCUUUAGAGUUGAAUUGUGACUGUAGUUGAUAUCAUAUUCAGAAAAAGCGAUAUAUAUGUAAAAAGGACCUGCAUAGCAAUUGUUAGACCUUUGGGAAAGCAAAAGGCGAUAAAGAGAUCUUAGAGAGAUACUUGUGUUGUAGCCCUUUCAGGUGGUGGUUCCUAUCAAUCGGUUAAUUCAUCCCACCACACAGGAAGAUUUGUCCAUUCUGCUUGAGGUAAGCUUAGCAAACCUUUGGUGGCCCCUGCUCCCUGAACUUUAUCAGGAGAGCUGCUGUAGCAGUCACUGGCCACAUUUCUCUUGUCUGUUUGUACUGGACUAUUAUAUAGGAGUGUUUAUGAGUAUCUGGCAACUUGCAUCCAGCAAUGGCUGGAUGUGUGCCUCUGAUGUUACAUCUACCUGAAUGAAGUAGUGUAACUGGACCAAGAAAGCAUCAGAACAAUAAUACCUUUUCUUGUUA